AUGAGCAACAAUCCACCCCUGUCCCCAAGUAGAGAAUUAUACUCACCUAUAAAGUACCCUUUACCCCCCUCACCUUCACCGUGGCGUAGAGCCCUUUCUCUCGUCGCUGUACCUUCCAUCCAUCGUACAACCUCUGCAUUCGGAAGUCGAAGGGACAAAGAUAGACGAAGACAGUCAUUUCUCAAUGAUUCUGGUAAAAACAAUCAUGAUGGGAAUCUGACUGAUGGUGAAGACAUCCGAAUUAGAGGGCCUACUACUCCUAUUCCGGGUCCUCCACAAACUGUCAACCCAUUCCCUGAAGAUCAUUCAAUAUCAUAUGACCGACCUUUGCCCCAGCUUCAACACAAAAUGACGAGAUCGAUGAGUCUGCCAUUCUCAAGUGGUGAAACGGAUAUAUCAAUGAUCAACCAUUAUCCAAACUCAUCAAUCACGAGUUUGGAUCAAUCGGUUGACACUUCUGUUCCUCGAACAGAAUUCUUCUCUACUUUUGAAGAAACUCCAACAACAGGUAUAUCUCAAUCUCAGACAGAGUCGGAAUCGGAAUCACAGUCACCAUUCCCAAAUUACAGUCCUUCUGUCGACGAGAAAUCACAUAUCGGACGACAACGUGAUGAUCACUUUGAUGGGCAUAUAUCAAUGGGGCAACCUACAUCAAAUCUCGAUACACCACCUAUACCCGUGCCUCAAGAUACCAUCCAAGAGGGUGUGACACCCACGCCUACUCCGUCACUUUCGGCACUAAAAAUUGAAUAUCCGUUCUUCCAUAUAGAUGCUAGACUUUCUCGAGAGCCUGUACCUAUAUCUGAUGUGCCAUAUCGCUCCCCAUUGACGGGUCCUCCUAUUGGAGCCGACACUCGUCCAAGAGGAAUGACAAUCGCUCCUUUACUUCCUCUUCCACCAUCCCCUUCACCUAGGUCUUCAUCUUCUGUACCUUUUCCUCCAUUCUUACCAUUCCCUUAUGUCCGAUCGCCACCUCUAGGUGUGAAUCCAAAUUCGAUGCAUCCACCUAGUCCUACUGAUUAUUUGACUCAGGCUAGAUCAGCUGAAGCUGACGCCCUCUUCAGUUCGACGGCACCACCUGAAAUAUUCACGGAAAAUACAUCGAUACCUCCUGCGCCACCUAUCGACACCUCAUCAAAAAUCCAUCCGCCUCCAGGAGUACCCAUUCACAUCUCACCUUCACCUCCUUCGCUCCCCAAUAUCCCUCAUAUCGUAUGGUUACCUAUCUCACCGAAUAGUGCAAUUCCUCCACCUAUCAUACCGGGUUUCAGAGAAGGUAGACCGUUGUCAUCACCUUUACCUACACCAUUGCCUUCUCAUCGCCCACCAGUAUCACCCACGUCUCAGAGUCAUGUUGGUGGCGCAGCGGUUCCCCCAACGCCUCAAGUCCAACAUCCUUCGGAGGUCAGAUCUUCUCAACCGAGGAAUGUAGUCCUCCCCGAUGGGAGGGAAUUGAUAGCAAUGACGGCACCGAACGGCGAGACUGCUUAUAUGGUAGAUCCCCUCCCGGCGAUAUUGAGGACGCUCGACAGAGACACUGCUGAAGGCACUGGAAAUGCUGAAGGUGAGGGAGAAUUCAGAUGCGAUAAUACUAUCGCGGCAUCUGCUCCUGUACCAUCACCAACACGACAGGGUGCGGAGGAGCCACUCGGUCUGCCGCAUGAUGUCCCAACUGCAUUCUCGACUGUACUAGAACCACCUCGGGAUUUGAGUCAGAUCGAAAGAGAGCUAUACGAACUUUCUUUCCCUCCCCCUCCUGCUCCUGCUUCAGUUGAUAAUCCCAUAUCACGAGAUGAUGUUGGACAUGUUCGAAGACCCCGAGUACUGUCUGAAGGGCGAGCGAGCUUGAACUCACCUCGAAGGGGUGUACCGAAAUUCGACUGGAGACGCAAAUUCAAGAUACCCAGCUCUGCUUCUGCAUCUGAUCCAAGUGAGAUAGACAUACCUAGACCACAACCUAUAAGACGAGAUGAGGUAUCGACAUUGGCAGUUCAAGAUUCCGCCACUACAACUCAUACUGAUACUUGGUCUGUAUCUGAGGAAAUUUUAACUUCAACGGUCGAACAACAGCAACGUCAACGACAACGAGAAGAGGAAAAGGAUAUAUGGUGGGUAGGAGUCGGUGAGAAACAUCAUGAUCCAUCUGGGGACUUGAUCAUAGCAGAGAGGGAAUGUAGAUGGAGGAUUUCAAUGCAGAGAUUCAAACGGGACAGUCAAUUGAUAUCCCAUCUAUCUGAGUGCCCUACCAAGGGUAUGACCCUAACCCUCCAAGCUCCCUCCCUACCAUGCCAGGCAUCUCGUCCAUCUUCCAGCAGUUCCGGCUCAGCCUUCGAUAUCAUCUCGGUAUUUCUCAAUUAUCUCUUGACCCAUGACAUGAAAGACUUAAAAGAAGUUGAGAAUGUAGAUCAAUUUGAAUCGCUCUUUAUUCUAUGCGAUUUCUUCGGUUGUCCCGCAGUCUAUCAAAACUUGUUGAGAUAUAUCGACGAAAGUGGAGUAAAUGGUAUAACUCCUUGGCAGUUGUUUGUGAUAGCUUCAAGAAGAGAUGAUACCACCCUGGCUAAAAUAGCUCUGCGACUGUCUAGUAGAACACGAAUAACAGCGCGAGGUCAUAGGGAUAAAUGGGUCACUCUUAAUGUACAUCAACUAAACUCGAAAGAUGUCAAGGAUGUGAGGAGUACUUGGGUAUUGGAACUGUUCAAGGAAAGGUAUGAGAAGAUGUUGGAUGGUAGGUUUAGGGAAGUACCUUGGGAAAUAGUAGCGGAGAGGUUUAAUCCUUGUUGA